UUAGUGUCUAAAUCUGAACUAGCAUAGCACUCACUAGUCGCGACUCGCGCGAGCAAAUUCGGUUGGCAUCAUGGCUCCCAAGCGGCGUGGCGGCGGCAAGGUGGUCGGCUCCGUGGUGAAGACCAAGGUGGUGCAGGAGACCGUGGAGGUCACCACCGCCGUUGUCCCCGACGGUGAGCCGGAGCAGCGGGGCACGGAGGCUCUUGCCCUCGCGCCACCCGCCGUGGACGUCUCUGGCGGCUCCAGGAGGGUCGUGCACAUCGAGGUCACUACCCCGGACGGCGACGCCACCACCGGUGGCUCCAACGCGAAGAAGCAGGCCACCAGCAAGAGAGGCCGGCGUGGUGGCCGGCGCGAGGAGGAGAAGCCGGCGCCCCCUGCUGAAGAAGCCGCGCAAGAACCACCCGUGGCGCAGAGCCAGGAGACGCAGGACCCCAACGAGGAGCAGGAGGAGGAGGUGGAGGAGGACGCCAGAAAGAAGAAGAAGAGGAAGCCGCCGCCGCCGCCGCAGGAGCGGCAAGACGAGGAGCCGCCGGAGACGCCGCGGGUGGCGUCGGAGAGGAAGGCGGCAGCAGCAAAGACGACGCCGCAGCAGCAGAAGAAGCGGGGCGGCGGCGACAAGGCGAGGGCGAAGAAGGGAGGGCAGCGGCGGCGGCGGCUGGGGCAGGCGAGCCCCGGCGGCGACGCCAGCAUGGGCGGCGUGGGCGGGUACAAGCGGUACGUGUGGCGCGUGCUGAAGCAGGUGCACCCGGAGCUGGGGGUGUCGGGCCUCGCGAUGCGGGUGCUGGACAUGAUGAUGGCGGACAUGUUCGAGCGGCUGGCGGACGAGGCGGCGCGGCUGUCCAAGGCGUCCGGCAGGGCGACGCUGAGCUCCCGGGAGGUGCAGAGCGCCGUCAGGCUGGUGCUCCCCGGGGAGCUCGGCAGGCACGCCAUGUCCGAGGGCACCAAGGCCAUCUCCAAGUACAUGUCCUACGACGCGUAGCUAGCUAGCUGUAGCUGGCUGACACGUUUAGUUAAGUAGCCGAGGUCCUAGCAGUCCAGUCAGGUAGCACGUCUAGUGUACGCGCGCAGUGUAAUGUAUAAUGUAGGUAUCAUGUAUAUUCAUGUGUGAUGUGUCAUGUUCGUAGGAGCUAGCUAGCUACUACGUAGUUGGUUUGUACCCUCUCAGCGUUGUGUUUGCCUGUGGUACUCGUUUUAAUCCA